GGUCGAGCUCUCAUUAUAAACCACUCGCCGACUCUGUUUUUUGUUCCUUUCUCCAAUACCUUCUUUCACUCAGGUCUCCCUCUCUGGUCUUGAAUAGGGUUUAUACUUUAUAUAGCAGAGAACAAAGGGUUUUAGGGUUUUUCGCAAAACCUCAAAUUAUUCAUCUUGGUUCGCUCUGUGCUCGAAGAGAUGGGCAAGGCAAAGAAAGGCCCUAAAUUCGCCGUCAUGAAGAAGGUGGUCACCAAAAAAGCCAUUAAAAACUACAAAGAGGAGGUUUUGAAUCCAAACAAGAAGGAUCUCAGCAAAGAAAAGCUGCCCAGAAAUGUGCCAAAUGUUUCUUCGGCGCUGUUCUUUAAAUACAACACUGCUUUGGGACCGCCUUACCGGGUUUUGGUGGAUACUAACUUUAUCAAUUUCUCUAUCCAGAAUAAGUUGGAUUUGGAGAAGGGAAUGAUGGACUGCCUAUAUGCAAAGUGCACUCCUUGUAUCACAGAUUGUGUAAUGGCAGAGCUUGAGAAGUUGGGUCAGAAAUAUCGGGUGGCUCUGAGGAUUGCCAAAGAUCCCCGUUUCGAGAGGCUACUGUGUACUCAUAAGGGAACCUAUGCUGAUGACUGUCUUGUUGAUAGAGUCACCCAGCAUAAAUGCUACAUUGUCGCUACAUGUGAUAGAGAUUUAAAGCGAAGGAUCCGCAAGGUCCCUGGUGUGCCGAUCAUGUAUAUCACUCAACACAAGUACUCAAUUGAACGGUUGCCUGAAGCAACAAUUGGUGGAGCUCCAAGAUAUUGAUGAUCCUCCUGAAGCCUGGUUUCUACCUGUGAUUCACACAUAUGUUCAGACUACAAGAAAACAUCUAUGCCAAUGGUAGAAAGGUUUUAGCAACUUGUUGGAACUUUGUUUGAGAAGACAUGUUCAGAUGUAUUACUGGAGUUAAGAAUUUCCUUAUGGGACUCUGCUAGCUGUAGCUUUGAUCCUAACUCCAGAAGGAGCUAUCAUUUGUAUUGGAACAGCUUAUAACCGUCAGGUUGCCACAUGCAAGAGUAAGGCAGAUGUUUUUAUUCGA